CUGGAAAGGAGAGGAACUACGUGUGUGUGUGUUUGUGUGAGGGUAAUGAGUGUGCAUGUAAUGUUUUCCUUCACUGAUGUUUGAGGUCGUUGGUUUCACCCUGUACAGAGGACAUAUUCAUAUUUCACCGCUAUGAGACGGACCACCUUUUUUGAGGUAGAGCCUUAUUCAACAAUAGGAGACAUUAAAAGCCUCUUCCACAAAUCAUAUCCUCACUGGUAUCCAGCAAGACAAGCCCUGAGCCUUGAUCCCAAGGAUAAAUCACUCAGAGACGAAGAUGUUUUACAGAAUCUACCGGUUGGGACUACUGCUACCAUGUACUUCAGAGAUCUUGGUCCACAGAUAGGUUGGACUAUGGUGUUUCUGGCAGAGUGCAUCGGGCCCCUUCUCACCUACCUCCUCUUCUAUUUUCGAGUACCGUACAUUUACUCUCACAGAUAUGCCUUAACCUCUAGUCCUCAUCAUGUUGUUAGACUAGCCUGUGCCUGUCACACCUGCCACUAUAUGAAGAAGUUGAUAGAGACUAUGUUUGUGCAUCGUUUCUCCCAUGGGACCAUGCCUCUCAGGACGAUAGUCAGGAACUGUUCCUAUUACUGGGGUUUCUCUGCUUGGUUGGCCUACUAUAUCAACCAUCCACUUUAUACACCUCCAUCAUAUGGAGAACUACAAGUCAACUAUGCAUUAUUCAUAUUUAUGAUGUGUGAAGUGGGAAACUUCUCCAUUCACUUGACUCUAAAUAAUCUCAGAGCAGAGGGAUCCAGGAGCAAUAGAUUCCCUGCACCAACAAAGAAUCCCUUCACAUGGCUAUUUUUCUUUGUAUCCUGUCCAAAUUACACAUAUGAGGUUGGUGCUUGGUUGAGCUUUUCCAUCAUGACCCAGUGUCUGCCAGUGGCAUUGUACACAUUACUGGGGUUCCUUCAGAUGGCCACCUGGGCCAAAGGGAAGCACAGAGCCUACAGCAGGGAGUUCAAGGAGUAUCCCAGUGUCCGGAUGGCCAUUAUCCCCCUGAUGCUCUGAUAUUGAUCAAAACAAAAUGAACUAUUGUAGCAUAUAAGUUAUGUAUUUUCACACUGCUCAAGUGUUGUUCACUAAAACAAUGUGUGCUGCUGCUAAGGCCAGCAUUAUGCAAUAUAUGUUGUUCUGAAAGGGGUAGGAAUGUAAGCAAUAAUAUUAUGGCAAUAUACUGGAACAUCUAAAAAUAUAACAGGAACAUUCUGUUCAUUUAUUGUGAGUUUUUUUAGUUCACUUCCCAGUGAGUAUUUAUCAUUACAAGCUGGCUUAUUAACCCACAGGUUGAGGCACUUCUUUUCAAUGAUAAAUGCUGAAAGCACUUAUCCUUGCAGACGUUUAAUUAUGCUAAUAAUACACUCCUCCACCGUUUAUCUCAGAUUUCUAGAGAAAGGGAAACUAUAUUGUAGAAGUGUGACUUCUGGAAUGAAUGUGUACAGGACUCAUCGGUCCUUAAGCCCUACUGUCUAAUCUCAGGUUGUGUAUACAUGUGAAUGUGAGUGACUUGAGUUUAAAACACAUCAAUCUUAAGUGUUACAUUUAUUUGACAUGAAGCCGGAUCACAUUUUCAUAUUGAUAAAGCGCAAACUGUGAACAAGAUAUUUGUGGCAGAAAAAUCAUCCCAUGAUAUUAAAAUGAAUA